GUGUCUUCCCUCUCUCCCCAAGACCUCCCAGAGCAAGUUGUUGCGUUUGGGCUCUAAAGCCGGGAGACCUCCGAAGUGCGCGUCAGUUUAGCGAGUCGGCCAUGGCGACCACAGCUCAGUACAUCCCGAGGAAUAACUCCUUACCGUCCAACCCGCUCAUGCACCCGGACUCGGACCGCAUGCACCAGGGGACCACCUACAGAGAGGUGCAGAAGAUGAUGCACCACGAGUACCUGCAGGGGCUCGCCGCCACCAACACCGGACACCCGAUGAGCCUGACGCACCACCAGUGGCUGCCCACCUCCAACAGCGACUGGUCCAGCGGGACCCACAUCGGGCAGCAGGAGCACAAACCGCAGCCGCGGGAGGACCUGAGCAGCGGCUUCCACCACAGAUCGCACCUGGUCCACCAGCAGACGCAGGGCGCGCACCACGGCUCGUGGGCGCCCGCCACGACGCACCACCUGUCCCCGCUGUCUCCGGCGUCCAGCGCGCACCAGUCGCUGGGGGUCUACUCCCAGCCCGGAUACACCAACCUGAACGCCAUGCUGAGCCCGCAGCCGGGGGCCCUGCACCACAGCAUGCGGGACCCGCUGCACGACGACUCGGGCAGCCACGAGAUGGAAUCCCCCCAGCAGGCGUUCAGCCACCAUCAGGACCACUCGGACGAGGACGCGCCCAGCUCCGACGACCUGGAGCAGUUCGCCAAGCAGUUCAAGCAGCGGCGGAUCAAACUGGGCUUUACGCAGGCGGACGUGGGCUUGGCGCUGGGCACCCUCUAUGGAAACGUCUUUUCUCAGACCACCAUCUGCAGGUUCGAGGCGCUGCAGCUCAGCUUCAAGAACAUGUGCAAACUAAAGCCGCUGCUAAACAAGUGGCUGGAGGAGACAGACUCCAACACGGGCAGCCCCACCAAUUUGGACAAGAUCGCGGCGCAGGGCAGGAAACGAAAGAAGAGGACCUCCAUCGAGGUGGGGGUGAAAGGGGCGCUGGAGAACCAUUUCUUGAAAUGCCCAAAGCCAUCCGCGCACGAAAUCAGCACUUUAGCCGGCACUUUGCAGUUGGAAAAAGAGGUUGUGCGUGUUUGGUUUUGCAACAGAAGACAGAAAGAGAAACGGAUGACACCGGUGGGGGUCCCGCACCCGAACAUGGAGGACGUAUAUUCCCAAGCAGAGACCCCUCCUCUACACCGCACACUACAGAGUCCUGUGCAGUGACUGCUUUCAUGAGCUUCUCCUCCUCCUCCUCCUUCUUCUUCUUCUUUUUUCCCCCCCGCUUCCCCGAACAUAAACAUCAAUUGAAAAAGGGACUAAUGGAGUUUACAAUAUUUAAGUUUUGGCCUUUGCUUUGCCCGAGAGACUUGGAAAAGUUUGAACUGAUAAUUAAAAAAAAAUACUACUGAUUCAGCAAAGAUUUUAUUGACCAAAAUUCUAUGAAAUUGAAAUGAUGAAACGAUCAACACUGGCGUUGGAAAAACACUGUUUAUGUUGCUUCUGUUUUUGGUUCAUAAUGAAUGUGAUGUUUUUGUCUUUCUUUAAUUUGCGUUACACGUUAAGGCACCCUUCAAAUCUCGUGAAUUCUAACUGCCUUAAUUUAUAUUUAUCUAUUUAAAAAGCAGGCAAACAGGAGCUUAGAGAACGGGCAUUUUAGGAGUCACACUCUUUCGUUUUGUUGAGAUGAAAAUGAGGGAUUUAUUUGCAUGGAGCACUUACUAUUUCGUUAAUGUUGCAGUUUUACGUUCGUUUGUAAAUUUCUGAGCUGAUCUCAACAGGCUUAAAACCCACGCAAAACGCAUUUAAAAGUGAGAUUUGGUUUCGAAAAAAUAAAGAGAAGCAGUAAAAACUCAGGUAACUUCAGUGCCCCCAUGUCGAAACAUAGCGCCUGUUUAUUUUGAUAUUAGUUUUAAUCAUGUGUUCUAAUCUGAUUAAAACUUUCUUUGUUGUGAUUUAAAUAAAUGAGUAAAAAAAAUACAAAAAAUUGUAUUAUAUGAAAAAGGGAAAAAGCGAUGAAGUAUUUAUUAAUUUCACGACCUGAAAGUGUCAUAAUUCACUCCAAAAAUCGAAGAAAAAAAAUGAAUACAAGUGUUUGUUUUUCCAAGAAAAAAAAAAAGAUUUUAGAGUCAAAAUGUUUCCGAUGUAAAUAUGUCCAAUAUGUAAACUUGUAUUUGUUCUGAGAUAUUGUUUGUUUUCUUUUUUUCCGGGCAGUUUUGUACAAGAAGAUAUUUUAAUAUGAUUUCAUCUAUGACCAUUUAUAUUAUAUAUAUUUAUUUCUUCUUUUUUUCUCUCCUUUUUUUUAAUGUUUCUCUCUGUUGAUGUUUUACGUUGCAGUGGAUUUUACUACAUUGUAUGUUGAUUGCUAAAUGUAGACUGCAAAGUCACAUUUUUAUUUAUGUUAUAGUAAUAUUUUAUUACUUACAUAAAACAUAUAUACAAGAAAUGGUCUGUUGUCUUCAUUGAGAUAAAAAGGACAAAAAAAAACAAACAAAAAACACUGGUCUCUUUCGCCUUUCUGUUUUUUUGUGGCAUCAAGCUGAGGAAAGUUCGAAUUAGCAGUGAGUGGUUAUGUAACAGGGUUCGUUUAGAAUCAGAACCUGUGUGUUUGUGCCGAUGGAGGAGAAAAGACAGCGCUAUUUCACCUCAGGCCAAACCCUGCUGCACACAGCCUCUGACACUGUUCGCAUCUUUGUGUAAUCGCAGUAUUAAA